CUUUCCGACAAACGUAACGAUAGGCUUCGGAUACAGUGUUGCGGCACGGUAACUGUUGCGGUGUAACGGCAUCCUUUUUCACUGUAACAUGCCUGUCGGGAGGACAGGAAAAGUAUACCCAAUUUCGCUUCUACAUCGAUUUGUGAGCUAAUUAAUUUAUACUGAAUUAGCUUAUGGUCAAGUUCUAUUGGCCACUGCGGUAGAAGCGCCGGCGGCUGGCAGUAUGUCCAGCGCUGGGUACUAAAUGAGGGCAGGUGCCACGAAUUUGACACCAAUUGAAAGUAAACAAUAUUCGGCCCAGUUAUUAUCUUCCUCCAGAUGUAAUCCAUCGAGCCCGUUGCUACGUCUCGCUUCGCGUCAUGCUGGUGCAGCAUCAGGACCUAGGGCGGGCUCGCACACGCCUGUAGCUCCGCGUGCAGCAGCAGCACCUGCAGACUCUCACCCAGGAAGCAGCACCCCGCAUAGCUCCCGGCGGUAUCGGGAGGUUCGUCCAGGGGUCUUGGGUGAUGACUUGCAGCUUUCGGAGCCACUCUUCAUUGAUGGCUUUGACCACCCAGCCGAAAGCCUAACAGUCUCUGCCAGCCCGCCUGGCGCGCUGCUAUGGCGCGAGGGCGUCACUGACGUCUCGUUGACAGCCAGCACCAGCUGCAGAGGCGGCACCCGCAGCGGCAGCACGCAAACCCAAAAAGGCCGCAUUCGCCAUCACCACAACCACAGCUCCUACCAAGCACAGCGCAACCAGCACAUCCUAUCCCAGCUGCGGUCACCGCUGCAGCCGCAGCCCCAGCAGCAACGGCAGGAUGCUGUCAACGGAGCUCACCGAAACUUUCCUGCAGCAGCGAAGAACCAGGAGGAACAGGCGGUUGCGAACCAGGGCGUUCUGGGUCUCCCAUUUGAUGUGGUUGUAGACCUGUCGGCCACGGUAUCCCGAUGGCUGGAGGGUGGCGGCGCCAGUCUGCGCGGCUGGCUGCGGUCAAACCUGCAUCCCCGGUCAAAUGGCGCUGGAUCCGGCUUGGAUCCUGGACCUCUCGAAACCCCAGCUGACGAGGACGCUAGCAAUGGACUGCAUUUGCCACAGCGCGUGUCACAUGGCGAGGAUGUUCCGCAGCAGCAGCAGUGGGGAGGGCAAGGAGGAGGCGAAGGUCGAGCGGCAGGGCAAGGCCAUGAGGCCGAGGUGCAGUUGCCGUCCUCAACUAUCAGCUCCUCUGGUGGCUUUGCGAGCUUGACGCGCGCAGUCGAGGCAGCCGUCCUGGCAGCGGAGAUGCAUGGGUCGCCAGGCGGGUCGUUGGCGCGCGCAGUCGAGGCAGCCGUCCUGGCAGCGGAGAUGCAUGGGUCGCCAGGCGGGUCGUUGGCGCGCGCAGUCGAGGCAGCCGUCCUGGCAGCGGAGAUGCAUGGGUCGCCAGGCGGGUCGCCCCAUGCUACUGUCGUGGCUGGAGGAAGGGAGGCCGGGACCGACAGCGGUGGCGCGGUCGCUUCAGCGCCCGCAUGGGGCCGUGAGGGGGACCUACGGCAGCAGCACCCAUGCCAGCAGCAUGCACAACAGCAACUGCAGCAGCAGCAUGGCGAGGAGCAUGAUGAACACCACAUGCAUGGGCAGGGGCAGCUCCAUUCGGGGAGCGCGUCAGCGACAGACGCAACGGACCGCCCCAACCAUGCAUCGCCCCCAAGCUCCUCAGCCUCAGCUGUCCAGGGGAACACUGAUGCUGCAAUAGCAGGCGGCGAUGGAAGCCAGCCGCUGCAAGGCUCGGCUGCAACAUCGGCCGAGCUUCAGCCGCUCGCUGAUAGCCGUAUCCCCAGCCACCCCCCAUCCUCGCCCAUGCAAACGGGGCCGCAGGCGUCCUGUGGGGCCCAGCAGCCCUCCUCUCCUCACCCCGCAUCCGCGGCCACGGAUCCUGGUUGUACGAGCGCUGUCACGCACGGACUAGAAGCUAGCCUUUCGCAUGGGGCCUGCUCACAUCCGGCGACCUCUGGUGGUGACGUCUCGGGUGGCGUUGCCUCUGCCGCCUCGGCAGCGCAAGCUUGCUCGCCUGCCGAAGCUACCGCCGGUCCAUUGCCCGGUGACCCAGUGACGGUUGUCGCAGCCACCAAGGCGACAGCAGCAGCGGCGGCAGCGAUGGUAUCAGUCACGAGGAGUCUCAGCAGUUUAGACGCUUCCCCACAACAGUCAGGGCAGCAGCUCAAGCUGGCACCGCCGCCAAUGCGGCGUGCGCCGCCCACCGCUGCAGGCGGCAUCGCUGCCGUCGGGCCCCGCGGGGGCGAUGGCGGAAGCACCACCGCCUCCCCGAGCCUCGGUGGGCCUGUCGCAACCGCGGUGCUGUCCGCUUCUCCAACCGCAGCCGCCAACGGCAACUGGCACUCUCCACAGCCGGCUUUGUUGUGUCCUAAACAGCUUACGACCGAGCUGAGUCGCGCUGAGGACUGGCGUCGGAUCGCGGAGCUGGUUGGGUUGCGGGCCGCCAGCGCCGUCUCCGCCAGCAGUGGCGGCGGCGGCAGCGGCAUGGCGUCAGCGGGAGCUGGACGAUUAGCACUAGCAGGACCGCUGCCGCCGGGGGUUCAGG